CCAGAAACGAGUUCGGUAUUUUAGAGUCUACAGAGGAAAAAAAAACAAUAAUAAAAAGAGAAACCAAAAAGGAAAAGAAACGACGAGAGGAAAUAGAACGGUUAGAGAUAGGGGAAGCCUGGGAAACUUUCCCAUAUACCCAAAUAAUAAGAGGUUUGUUAUUAAUAACCCAAUCAAUUCUGAGAAAAAAAAUUCUAUUACCUUCAUUCAUAAUCGGGAAAAAUAUAGGGCGUAUGCUACUAUUUCAAACUCCUGAAUGGUCUGAAGAUUUAAAGGGAUGGAAUAAAGAAACGCAUGUGAAGUGUACUUAUAAUGGUAUUCCGUUAGCUGACAAAAAAUUUCCGGAAAAUUGGUUGACAGAAGGUAUUCAAAUCAAAAUUUUAUUUCCUUUCUGUCUAAAACCUUGGCACGAAUAUAAAUCACUAACUUCUCGUGAUGACUUUUGUUUUUUAACAGUUUGGGGAAGGGAAACAGAACACCCUUUUGGUCAUCCACGACAAACACCUUCGUUUUUCGAGCCUGUUUUUAAGGAACUUUACAAAUUUGUAAAAGUAAAAAUCAAAUUUUUAAAAAAGUUUUCAAAAAAAAAAAACAAGUUCAAACGAAAAAAGAACAAUACACCCGAGUUUAAUAAAAAAAGAAAAAGAUGAUCAAAUAAAUAACCAGAUAAUGAAUCAACCCUUGAGUAAAAUUGAAAAAAUUACAGAUUGGAAAAAUUAUUCACCGAUAGACAAAAUACAGGCUAUUACUCAUAGGACAAAUACAAUUAAAAAAAAACUAGAAAGAAUUACGGAAGAUAAGAAAAGGCUGACUCUAGAACUAGAUAUGAGCCCUUACAAAAAAAGUUCGAGAUUAGCCUUGUCAAAAAAUUUUUGUCAAAUGUUAAAAAUAAAAAAAAAUAGAUUAAGAUAUAAAUUUCAUUAUUUUAUAAAAUUAUUGAUUCAAAGAAUAUCUAACUAUAUUUUUUUAUAUACUAUAUCUAUUUGCCAAAUGACUGAAAAACUCUUUGUGGAAUCAACAAAAAUGAACUCUCUUUCAAAUAUAAAAACGCAUAAUAAUAAGCGUUAUAAGGAAAAGCCAGAGAAUUUUGGUGAUUUAUCUAACUUGUCACAAGCAUAUGUAUUGUACAAAAUAUCACAAAGGAGUUUUUUGAACGUAUCUAAUUUGAUGUCUGUUCUUCAACAAAAUGGAACAUCUUUCUUGAUUGAAAAGAAUUUCUUUAUUAAAAAAAAAAUAAAAGACUCAUUUCAUAAACAAGGAAUACUUCAAUCUGAAGGAAUAAAAAAAGAACUUAAGCGGUCUAGAACGAGUCAAUGGAAAUUUUGGUUAAGAGGGAAUUCUCAAUACGAUUUAUCUCCUAAUUUCUGGUCUGCCUUAAGAUCACAAAAACAAAAAUGGAGAAAUAGGGCGAAUCGCU